GCGUUCAUGUUCUCCAGCGCAGCCUGGGCCGACUUGAAGGGGAAGAAGGCAGCCAGGCUCACCAUGCUGUUGAACUUUCCGAUGCUCAGCACGCUCUGCUCCACCUGAAACACAUCAACACGUUUAUCUGUGCUCCAUACUGAAAACAGAUUGAAGCAGCAGCGAGGACAGAAGACCCACCUGAGGUAGCAGCAUGCCUAUGUCCUCCACCUCUUUGACGGCAUACAGCGCGUAGCCCGCCGCGUGUUCGAACAACACGUGCAACAGCACCUGCGCAAGGAGCAUGGAGGAGAGUGCUUGAAGGAGCCUGUUGAGGAGCGGAUGUGAGGGAGAACAGUAAAAAGCUUAGGGACCAGGAGAGGGGUUGAUAUAAAAGCUGACUGGGAUAAGUUGACGCUCAGAAGCUCUGCUCAUCUUAAAGCACACUUCCUUAAGCGACUGGCUGAGGCUGACAAAACACGAAGGAGCAGAAUGAGCAUGCGUGGAGCAGUGGCUGGUUGCUUGGUGCUGGCGUGCCUGGUGGCGCAACUGGCCGAGAGGACAGAGGGACACAUCACCUUCUUCAGCCCAAAGGAGAUGAUGCUGAUGAAGGAACGAGAAGGUAGAAAAGAUGUGGAGCCUCGAUCAGAGGAUGGUCAGUUCGAAGAGGUUACAGUCCAACAGCUUCUUCAGGUGGAACGUGGUGGAAAUCCUGGUAAAACAGUGGAGAUUGCCCUCCGUCUUUCACCCAAACAGCUGGAUCAUGUGGCUCCGGUGAUCGAGGAGAUCAUCCAUGAAAUAGUGGAUGAACGUCAGAAAGGUGUAAAUUUAUGAGUUAUGGAAGAUGUUGUGAGACACAUUUGUGAAAAGAAAAAGCUUCACAGCAGAACCCAAAACACUGUAUUUUCUCUUAUUAUCCAAAGAUUAGUAGACACAUACUAACAAGUGAUAGUGCUGUGAUUAAAAAACUCUUUAGUAACCAUACAUUUCUCUCACUAUGUCUGUC